UUAUAGGUCUGAUUUUUUUUUUUCUUGUGGGGAAGAGGAAAUUUUAGUUGUUCUUCGGUUGAGAGGCAAUGGCAGAUGAGCAGAAAAACAACAAGGUCGAAGCAGAAUUGCCGGCGGCUGCAGCUCCGGUGACGGUCCCGGCGGCUGCAGCGCCGGAGGCAGCUCCGGCGGGGGUUUCUAAGGACGUCGCGGAGGAGAAGAUUCAGAACCCUCCUCCUCAUGAGGACAAGCCCGACGACUCGAAAGCCCUUACCGUUAUCGAGAAACCAGUAGAGCCUGAGCCGAAGAAAAGUUCGUCAAUGGACAGAGAUGUUGCAUUAGCAGACCUGGAAAAGGAGAAGAGAUUAUCGUUCAUCAGAGCGUGGGAAGAUAACGAGAAGACUAAGGCCGAGAACAAGGCACAGAAGAAGACCUCUGAUGUUCUUGCAUGGGAGAACAGCAAGAAGGCUGCCAUUGAAGCCGAACUGAAGAAGAUCGAGGAACAACUGGAGAAGAAGAAAGCAGAAUAUGCAGAGAAGAUGAAGAACAAGGUGGCAGCGAUCCAUAAGGAAGCAGAGGAGAAGAGGGCAAUGGUGGAAGCCAAACGAGGAGAAGAGAUUCUCAAGGCGGAGGAAAUGGCUGCAAAGUACAGAGCCACUGGGAACGUCCCUAAGGCCACAUGUGGAUGUUUCUAAAGCUUUACAGAACCUCUCUCUCUCUCUCUCUCUCUCUCUGUAAGAUUCCAACAGUGAAUCAUCUCCCCAUCAAACACAGAUCUCUUCACAGCUUUGAUCAAAAACCAUUGUUUGUAGAUUCCUCUUUCUCGUUUUUUGUUCUUUCUGGGUGUUCUUUUGUGUGUAAAAACAGCAUCAGGGUGGGGGUGCUUUCUCAUUUGUAAGUUUCUGAAGCAUCA